AUGCUCGUCUCGUCGUCGAGAAUGCCUCGCUGGCCCCUUUCGCCGCCGACCAAGACACUCGGCCGGGAGUGGAGAGGCGACGAGGUGCAAGCCGACGAGGGACGACGGACGCACCACUUGGUCGGGUCGCCAACUGCUCGUCGGGCAUGCUCGUGGCUCGUUGGCCCUGGCGGUUCUUACCGUCGACGUUUCGCCCACGGUCAUCGACGCACCCAUCGACGCACCACGGCUGCCUUGCACGGGCGUGGGUACCUCGAGCAUAACACGGGCGCGCCGUGCUUCGGUGCGGCACAGAUGCACGCGCGCGUACCCUUGUGCGACGCCCUGAAGUACUCCCCAGGCACACGUGCUCGCGGCGGCACGAACCAAGCACUCGUCGGGCACCCCACCCCCAGGCACGGUCGCAAUGCUAGGAAUGCUGGGAACGCAGAGGAGAUGCAAUUUGUCAUCCUUGCGCACCCAUGCAAGCACCUACAAGCACACCGGCAAUACGGUACGCCCACACCUACCAAGCACAUUAUUUACAAGGUGUAG